GGCCCGAGGCAGGGGCCCUCGCUGUCCGGGCUGGGCUCAGGCUUCGGAGCCGCGGGUGGAAGAGGGACAGGCCGGCCGAGAGGUGGCCAAGUGACAGGUAAUUUGGGACACUCUGAGCAUGGAAGACUUGGUGUUUGGCUGUGGCAACGGCUUCAGCUCCUAAAUCCUGCACCUUCCGUUAUUUUGUGCUUGUCAGGUCUCCGGGACUUCCUCCCUAGCUGGAGAGCUCUCCUGCCGUGGUGAGGCCCUCCUGCCCCCGAUCCUGGCCGGCCAUGGGGAGCACCCUGGGCUGCCACCGCUCCAUCCCCAGGGACCCCUCGGACCUGUCCCACAGCCGAAAGUUCAGCGCAGCCUGCAACUUCAGCAACAUCCUGGUGAAUCAGGAGCGGCUCAACAUCAACACUGCCACGGAGGAGGAGCUGAUGACCCUGCCUGGGGUGACGCGUGCUGUGGCACGCAGCAUCGUGGAGUACCGAGAGUACAUCGGGGGCUUCAAGAAGGUGGAGGACCUCGCGCUGGUCAGUGGCGUGGGCGCCACGAAGCUGGAGCAGGUCAAGUUUGAGAUCUGCGUGAGCAGCAAGGGCAACUCUGCACAGCACUCUCCCAGCUCCCUGCGGCGGGACCUGCUGGUGGAGCAGCAGCCUCACCACCUGGCCACCGUACCCCUCACCCCACGUGUCAACAUCAACACUGCCACGCCGGCUCAGCUCUUGAGCGUGCGCGGCCUCACCGAGAAGAUGGCCCUCGGCAUCGUGGACUACCGCCGGGAGCAUGGUCCCUUUCGCAGCGUGGAGGACCUGGUGAGGAUGGAUGGUAUCAGUGCUGCCUUCCUGGACAGGAUACGGCACCAGGUGUUUGCAGAGCGGUCCAGGCCCCCGUCCACCCACACCAACGGGGGCCUGAUGUUCACUGCCAAGCCUCACCCCAGCCCCACCUCGCUGAGCCUGCAGAGCGAGGACCUGGACCUGCCGCCAGGGGGGCCCACGCAGAUUAUCUCCACUAGGCCGUCGGUGGAGGCCUUUGGAGGCACCAGAGAUGGGCGCCCCGUGCUGAGGCUGGCCACCUGGAACUUGCAGGGCUGCUCAGUGGAGAAGGCCAACAACCCGGGGGUGCGUGAGGUGGUGUGCAUGACGCUCCUGGAAAAUAGCAUCAAGCUUCUAGCUGUGCAAGAACUACUGGAUAAAGAGGCCCUGGAAAAGUUCUGUGCGGAGCUAAACCAGCCGAUCCUGCCCAACAUGCGCAGGUGGAAGGGGCCCCGGGGAUGUUGGAAGGCCCUUGUUGCCGAGAAGCCCUCCAGUCAGCUGCAGAAGGGAGCCGGGUACUCGGGAUUCCUGUGGGACACAGCGGCCGGCGUGGAGCUGAGAGAUGCCACCUCGCAGGAGAGCUCACCCAGCAAUGGGCACGGGAGGCCCACGGGCCCCAGCCCACACCUGGCACGGUUCAAGGUGGGAAGUAAUGACUUGACCAUUGUUAACCUUCACCUGGCAACACUGACCCUCCCAGGGGGAGAGAAUCCAAGCAAGAAUCAUGGUGACAGCCACCGGAUGGUGAGCUUUGCCCAGACCCUGCAGGAAACCCUGAAAGGAGAAAAAGAUGUGAUUAUUUUAGGGGAUUUUGGCCAAGGGCCAGAGGGCAGUGACUGUGAUAUCCUGAGGAAAGAAAGAUUCAGCCCGCUGGUCCCUGCACACACCUUCACCAACAUCAGCACCAGGAACCCUCAAGGCUCCAAGUGUCUGGACAACAUCUGGAUCAGCAGAAGCUUAAAGAAGGUUUUCACAGGUCACUGGGCUGUAGUGAGAGAAGGUCUCACGAACCCUUGGAUUCCAGACAACUGGUCCUGGGGCGGAGUGGCCUCCGAGCACUGCCCCGUGCUAGCCGAGUUUUACUGUGAAAAGGACUGGAGCAAGAAGGAAGCGCCCCGGAACGGCAGCAGGGUCUCCCUGGAGCGAAGUGAAGCCAACACUAAGCACGAGCGAUGACACCAGAUGGGUUUGCACCCUCUGACCCAGGAGGGCACAGGCAAGGAGUCGGCCCUCCCAGGAGAAGACUCAGGGCCAGAACUGCCUUUUCCUCUUCUCCUGAGAACAGGGCCCGCUGCCUGCCUUCUGGACGGUCUGGACCUCAGCUGCGGGAGGGGGCAUGUCAGGCACUUGCGACAGGUGCACGUGCAGCCAGCGGGGCACUGCCACGUCUUUGCUCGGUGGGUGUGCACCCUCAGUGGAAUCAGCUAGCUGUCUGGUGGCAUGAGGAGCACAGUGACAGAGAGGACGAGAGAAAGCGGGACAGGGCUCAGGCUGCCGAGCCGUGGCUGAGCAACACCAGAGUCACUCAUGUCUGAUCGCCAGCAGGUGACAUUCUGUGCACAUUACAGAAAGCUUUUAACUGUGAUGGAGCCUUGUUCUCAGAUAUGUUGAGUGGUGAUUUUUAGUUUUGUUUUAAAACAAAUAAACAGAGAUUAACCUGC